UGUCAAGGUCUCUUUCCAGCGAGGCUCUUGAUCUGCGACCACACCAGCACAGACUCCGCGCUCCCGGACCCCGCAGCGGGUUUCAUUUCCGACGUGCGCGCGUGUGUGUGUGUGUGUUUGUGAGUGUGAGUCUGGGCUCUCGGCAGGCCGGGAUCUAGGAGACCGAACGGCUGAGUGCUGACCGUAUUUUCGCGUCGUCCGUUGACCGAGUGCGUACCGUGGCGUAAGAAAAACGGUGCCAGCAGAGGCAGCAGCAAACAGCAGCAGCAGCACUAAGCGGAACCAUUCGGAAAAGUUCCAGUUAGGCCCAGUGUUUUUCAAAAAGAGUGUCUUGCGUUUUGUUGAAAGAAAAACCAAACGAUUUUUUUUCUGGAGAAUCUGUGAGUGAUCGAGUGAAAGUACGGUCCAAACCUUCCUUUCACGCACCAAGAACGACCGCUCGUAGCUGGAAAACAUCCCAAAUUAAACAUCAAACAAAAUCGGCAGAAACUCGUGCCGCCAGUAACGGGUCUACCAGAACAUCGCAAAGUGCACAACAGCUCGCGGGCAUCUCGGCUUCGCAAUCCAGAACGUCUACAUUACAGUGUUGCAAUCUCGACCUUAAGUGCAAUUCCGUCCGUUUGCCGUGUGCGUGCUGCUCUUGUGUGUGUGUUGAUGUGUACAAAGAUAGUGGAAUAACGCUGUGUUAGUGCAAACGUUGGAAGAGCCGGAAAACUCCGGCUAGAAGCUGGACCCAGCUAGCAGACCAUCCGCGCCAUGCUUCUACGCUGAAGCCAACGAUCUUCCUAGUAAGAUACUAACGGUCCUGCUCGUUCGGAGCUUCUGACUCUGGAAAGGUGCUAGACAGCGCAAUAGCUUGUCUUCAGGCUUUUUCCAUUAAACUUCAUCGGAGAGCACAUUUGCCUCUAGUGUGAGGUUUUGUUUCCAGUGAAACGAACGAAGUUGUACAGUGCGUGAGUGAGUUUAGUUGCAAUAAGAACAGUGUUGAGUGCGCUUAAAGUGUUUCGUACGGUGUUUGUAGCUUUAAACUGGUGCUAACGAAGCUGCUAGGAUCCAAUACCACUUCCAAAGACUGGAAAGAGAUUAGUAGCAUCUCCAGCCAUGAUGCGCUGCUAGCCGCGACACACCAAUACAGCCGCGUCCGUGUGAUUAGGGUUAUUUGGUGAACCAUCCAACCAUACCUGCUCGGCCUCUUCUCAGCUCCCAGUGACGGUAGGACAAAAAAAUGAUGCGCAUUUGAUGGGAAGAUCGCAUGAUCGCGCGUAGAAGACGAACCUCGCACGAACCGCCGACCGCGUCCGCAGACUCUGCGUACGCAGACCACGGGGUUUCCGGUGUGAACUAACGGUGCAGUAGCAGCAGCAACACUUCCCCGUCAAACGCCGGCAUCCAAAAGCAAACCAAUCCAUCAUUUCUGGGACUGGGUUUGGCGUACAGAACGACUACACCGAGCGUCGAGCAUAAAGGGGAAGCAAGAACGCGCAACGGCUUCAAGAUGUCCAGUGUCGAUCUACGCCGGGGGACGGUCAGAUGGAGCAGUCACCAGCGGAGUGCCGCCCAGUUCGCUACCUCCCUUACCCUGCUGCUGGGCAGUUUGCUCUCGUCCGCGUACAGCAGUCCCGGGUUCCCGUUCACGUCAUUUCAAGCUAGCAGAAACCUUCGGCAUCUUCCCUGCGUGGUACGAAACACUGGUGAGGAAGGAAUUUGCAUGUUCGCUAUCGAUUGCUUUAAGGCCAAUGGCACACAUUUGGGCGUGUGUAUAGACAAAAUUUUCUUCGGAUCUUGCUGUCAGGUCAAUGACGAUCGGUUACUGUUUGAUCCCGACAUUACGGAUAACAGCAUCGAUCACAACUCGGUCGGUAACUUCCAGCACUUUCCACCAUCGGUGAACACGCACCGAAAGCCACCGCUCACGGAAACCCGCCUGCCAACAACGGCACCUGGCAAUGGGACGAAGUACGAGCUGCUCAGCACAUCCACGACCACGCGACGAACGACCUCCAAGAACAAUCGACGAACGACAUCCACCACCGUACGAACGACGAAAGCUCCCCAGAAGGUUCAACAGAAGGAUGAUCUGCAGACGACGACUGAGUACCAGGAGUUCACAACGUUCCAGUACGUGCAGAGCAGUAAAAACCCUGCCGGAAGUUCAUCGCCAACAUCGAACAAACGGCCUUCAGCACGUCCCAGCCCCAGUUUAGCAACGCAGGAUAAUCGUGUUUCUACGACCCGAACAACCACUUACAAACCUUACAAAACACGUCGUCCUACGACUAACAAAACCUCAACGGUACGUCCACCUAACAGACGACCUGCGCAACCACUAACGACUACGACCGAAGCGCCAACGACGACUCCACCAUCUACGACUAGGAAAGUCUCUGGACAGAACACGAGACAUCCAACGACUUCGUCAACGAUUGCAUCUCGCAAGCCGCCCAGUUCGAUUGCCGCUUCCCAGACACAGACGACCAUUGCGUCGAGACGACCAGCGACGACGCAGUCCACUCCGAAACCCGAAUCAACGACUCCCUCUGUCACGUAUUCCCGACGACCAACAACGUCUCCUUCGCUGGUACCUUUAACCAAACCGACCACGAACCGAAGACGGCCUACAACUACUACCACGACGACUACCAAAACGACUGUACCGGCCACGACAAGCUCGGAAACGACACGAGCGCCUCGUCCGCGCCCCAAACCAACAUCCCAAGUCGCCACUGUGCCGGCCACAUCGCUAGACCAUUUAGUUGAGACGCAUUCUUCGAGCUCGGAAGCUACAUCGAGUAGUGCUGUUCCCUCAAGCAGUACGAGUAAACCGACCUAUCCUUCGACCACGGUUAAAGUAACACAACCAACCACACCGACACCAACUCCAACACCGGCCUCUUCCACUACAAGAUCCACCCAAUCCGAACCGUCAGUGCAAUCUUCCACCAUAAAGGGUCCGGAGGCUCCGAUCAACCUUGGAGAUUCUGAGGAUCUCGCCUCCCUUUCCCGGCCUGGGCUGGUAACAUGGACUAGCAUCCUGGAAGACACACCGACCGAGCGUCCUAGCUCGAAUCAAGGACCGACCACUUCCAACAGCUGGAUACUCAUACAGACACUAACCCCGGAAGAGGUCGUUGCUAGUAAUCAAACUAACCAGCAUGAACCAUCAUCCUCCACUCACACACCGCCCGCAUCGGUCGAGGUGUCCUUCGCGCAGGACACUAAGCUACCGAUCGAGUCGCUUCUACCGGAGGCGGCCUACGUGUACAACACGGUCCCGGAGGAGGAACCCGCUCCAAACAUUCUCCUGCUGCCGGACGAUCUUUCGGUACAUUCGCAAGUAACGUCCACCUCUCGCUCACCCGAUCAAUCGUUGGAAGCGCAGUCGAAGACCACGGAGAGUUCGGUUGCAAGCAGCAGUACGACCGAACAGGUCAAAUCGAGUACUCUCCCACCGUACGAGCGAACGAGCACCACGGUGCGUCACUCAUCGAUCGUUCCACCGACAACCACUGACAGUACGACGAUCGUAACCAGACAUGGACCAGUGUCGUCCACCACCGCCCAGUCACAGAUCACUCAAUCACCCGCCAAACCCGGUAGCGAGGCGGUAGAAGCGAUUAACGAAUCGGUUGAGACGACAUUGUCCACGACGAUCGUAUCCUCCUCGCCGAGAACGACCGAGAUUCCUGUCGCCGCUGUUACUUCGACUCAUUUUACAUCCUCCGCCGCACCGACCUUAACGACCAGUGAUAUGUUUACGAGCGUAUCCGAACAGACAUCAUCAGCGUCUAGCGAGGAAUCUGGCACAUCCUCCACGACGGACGCUUGGUCGUCUUCGAAACGACCGCCGGCCGUCGACGUGUCGUCCACCACGGAAACCAUGCUCGUGCUCCGUGAGACGACGACUGCCGCUGAGGAGUCGAUCGAGAGCGCUACCGAAGGCAGCGGUGAGGAAGAAUCCGGUAGCGGCAGCGAAGAAGGCUCCAGCGAGGAAGAAGAAGAGGAAGAAGGAGAGGAAGGAGAGGAAGGUACGGAUGAAAGUGAAGAAACGACUGAUGCAACGACGGCCUCGAUCGAGAACGCUACCGACGCUACCCAGCACAAGCAAACGAACGAAAGCACCACCCCGGUGACAUCUUCCUCCACGGCAAGCUCCACCUCGGCAGCUCCCAGCAGUAGUAGUAGCAGCAGCAGCAGCAGCAGCCCAAGCACAGUGUCCUCGACCUCGCUCGUGCCCAGCACGAUGACAGCCUCAACCUUGUCACCGGUUUCGAUCUCCACCACGUCCACCUCGAGCUCAUCCCCAUCAACGAUGUCAACGUCCAACAACGUGACGACACCAACAUCAGCACCGGUGACAUCUGACCGUGGCCCAACAACGACCCAGGGCACGUCGACGACCGGCAUGCCCAUCAAGUUCCCCGAGCAGCCGGCCAGCAAUCAGACGGCGCUUCCGACAACGACCACCCUGGCGAUGCUUGCCAACGUCACCACGGACGGUGUUACGCUGGCGCCCGAUUUCCUGACCACCUCAACACUGCCGACGCUCGAGGGGAUCGAUUACCGAUCGGUGUGCGGCAAAAGGAUGUUCCCCGAGCCGCGUAUCGUCGGCGGCACGAAGGCAGCGUUCGGCCGGUGGCCCUGGCAAAUAUCGCUGCGUCAGUGGCGAACGUCCACCUACCUGCACAAGUGCGGUGCGGCACUGUUGAACGAAAACUGGGCCAUCACCGCGGCGCAUUGUGUUGACAAUGUUCCGCCGUCGGAUCUGUUGCUGCGGUUAGGCGAGUACGAUCUGGCAUUGGAGGAAGAACCGUACGGCUACCAGGAACGCCGCGUCCAGAUUGUGGCCUCUCAUCCACAGUUCGAUCCGCGAACGUUCGAGUAUGAUCUGGCACUUUUGAGAUUCUACGAGCCAGUUGUCUUCCAGCCCAACAUCAUACCCGUCUGUGUGCCGGAAAAUGAUGAGAACUUCAUCGGCAGAACAGCAUUCGUUACCGGGUGGGGUCGUCUGUAUGAAGAUGGACCACUGCCAAGCGUGCUGCAGGAGGUGACCGUGCCGGUGAUCGAGAAUAAGAUCUGCGAGACGAUGUACAGGAGUGCCGGUUACAUCGAGCACAUUCCGCACAUCUUCAUCUGCGCUGGCUGGAAGAAGGGUGGCUAUGACUCCUGUGAAGGUGAUUCCGGUGGUCCGAUGGUAAUUCAACGUACGGACAAGCGAUUCCUGCUCGCAGGUGUCAUCUCCUGGGGCAUUGGCUGUGCCGAGCCAAACCAGCCCGGUGUUUACACCAGGAUAUCGGAGUUCCGGGAUUGGAUCAAUCAGAUACUACAGUUCUGAAGCAACUCCAACUCCGCGCACAGGAGCACUGAAAAGAGAAACACACGCAGUAACCUCGCUGCUCUCGUUGAUGUAUAGAUCCUUGGAAAAAUGUUGCUCCAAGCGAGGGGAGGGCCUAUGGAACCUUUGGGGGAAACUCGAUCGACUUUGUCCGUCUCCCCACUCCCCCAGCAAUGGGCGUGUAGUUGUUGAUGUUUGAUACUACGUUUACUCAUUUGCGUACAGUUUUUUUUUCUUUUAUAAGCCGGCCUAUUUUGAUGAUUAAUCGGCCAGCUAAAUCUGGCCGAUUGAACAUCGAUACAGCCUUAGGUGACAGUCGUUUUGGCAAGCUUUCCGCCGCGACAGACAAACAGACGAGACAAAGUUUUUAGCUGACAGUUGUGUUAAGUUAUACCCGUUCCCCGUAGUUUUGCUCAAAGCAUCCAAUAACCCAGUGUGAGUUCCAGGACACUCAAAGGCAAGGUAUUAUAGUUAGUCGGCACUUCGGUGGUAGAAUCGACAAUCGUUACAAACGGAACAUUGAUCGUGAAAAGCAAUUGCUCGUAAAGAUCACACACAGAGUAUCUUUAAACCUAGCAACAACAAAAAAAAAACAGUACGAUAGUGAAGUAACGUCGGUUUUUCUUUUUAAAUUAAAGUAUGUUGUGAUAAUUAAAUGCAUCGUCGCAAACGAAGCCGUUUUGCGAACGUUUGCCCUGUGGGAAAGAACGUGCAGUAGUGGGAUGCACUCGGUGGAUGACUGGUGCGCGAACUAGAGUUACGACCGUUAACAGUAGUUAGACACUAUUUUGCAAGUAGAAAGUACACGUUACGCGCUAAGAUGACUUUAUUUAUUUAUUUAUAUUCAACGUUAGAUACAUUUGAUUGUGUCGCGCAUCUAGCUGAAGAGAACGGAACGAAAGGCGCACAGACAAACUGAGGAGCGUAGGGACAAACGGACACUUAGGCAACGUUAGAUUGACGAACAAUCGCAAAAGGUGCUACGACUUAAUGCAAGGCGAAUGUGUAACCGACGUGGACGGACGUGAUCGGAACAGGUUCUGCUAGUUUGUGUGACAAUUUUUCCUGUACAUAGUUUAUACUUAAGAAGCCAGAUGCAUUCCGAUGACACGAUAUUUAAAUUCGACUGUACUAUACUUUGAAAUAAACAUUUUAAACAACUAAA